AUGUCAACACAAUAUGAUGCGAUUGGUGCCAAUUAUGACCUUUUUUGCGAUCUUUCAAUUCAGCAGAUAAUUCAUGCAGCUAUGAUGGAUCAUCUUGGCCUCAUUGUUCAAUCCAAACGAAUCCUUGAACUUGCGUGUAGAACAGGCUUCUAUACUUCUGAAAUGUUGCAUAUGGGCGCUUCUCAUGUGACUGCGGUUGAUAUCUCGUCCGCCAUGGUCCCUGCUGCUCAAAUCAAGAUUCCAGUCGAGAUGAAAGAUCAUGUUACUUUCUGCACUGCAGAUUGUGCUCAAUCAUCCAUGUGGAAUGAAGUCCACCUUCGUGGUCAAGAAGGAACUUUUGAUAUGGUUGUCGCGGCUUGGUUUUUGAAUCAUGCAGAAACACGAGAGGAGAUACGGAGAAUGUUUGAGAAUAAAUAUUUGGCCCUGAAGCCUGGAGGAGUUUUGAUCGCAUUGACUGUUAACGCUCCAAUUAUCGACAGUCUUCAACCAAAUGACCCACUCAGCCCUAGAGAGACACAUCUUGGUUCGGUCUAUGAUGUUAUUGGGAUCGAUGAGGGCGGGUACAAGAUGCCUCUUUCUAGUGUGGGAAUGGGUGAGAACGACAUUAAGUUCGAAUUUUAUUUCUUGCAAGAGGAGGUUCAUAGUCAGGCAGCAGCUGAAGCAGGCAUGGGUCAGCUCGAAUGGAACGUGGUAUUCCUAGGCGAAGAGCAUCUUCAAAUGCAGGUAAGCAGAGCUUUGUCUUUUAUCCGGGCUCGGAACUGCUAA